AUGUCCACUGACUCCUCUCCGUCAGAGUUUGUUACUCUCGCUUCCAAUGAUGGCUUCGAGUUCAUCAUUCCAAGGGAGGCUGCCAACAUAUCAGGAACAUUACGGCGAAUGCUAGGCGCUAAUAGUAACUUCUCCGAAGCCGUCACUGGUCGAUGUGUCCUUGAGAAUAUGAAGUCCGUCCCUCCAAAAUCUCCUCCAAGUGGAGUUAUCCUUGAGAAAGUUUGCGAGUAUUUUCUCUACCACCUAAAGCAUAAAGGCCAGGCAGACGUACCCGACAUGGAAAUCCCGCCGGAGCUAUGUCUCGAGCUGUUAAUGGCGGCCGAUUAUCUUGAUAGUUGCGUGACCGCCCAUCCCUUACCCAGCUUUUCCUUCGAUGAUGAAGAUGAAGAUGAUUUUACGUCUUUCCUAUUUAAAGUCGAUGCUUCAGCGGAGGGUGAUGCCGAGUAA